AUGACAAUUCGUUCAGCUGAUACGGCGGAUAUGCCAGUGAUAAAUCCGAACUGGCUGGGGACUGAUACUGACAAGAAGACCGCAGUGGCAGCCUACAAGCGUGCUCGCAAGGUAUUCCACACUCAAGCCAUGCUCCCUGUGAUCAUUAGACAAGAGUAUUUUCCAGGGUCCGAGCAUGAAACUGAUUCCGAGAUACCGGACAUUAUUCAAAACACGAUGAUGACGAUUUACCAUGCCUCUUGCACGUGCAAAAUGAGCAUCAGCAGUGACCGCAUUACUGUCGUUGACAGACGUGCCAGAGUUUUUGGUGUUACAGGGUUGCGAGUCAUCGAUGCUAGUGCAUUCCCGAUUCUUCCGCCUGGACACCUUCAAUCAACACUUUAUAUACUGGCAGAAAAGAUUGCAGCGGAUUAUGAUGGCCGUCUGAGAUAA